GAUGUGACAAGACUUCCAUUCACUUCUGUCUUCUCUAGAAUCUCCUCCCUUCACUCUUUUCACGCUUCUUAUACGCGUAUACACACACUCGGCGGCAAACUAACAAGCAUUUCAUAACUCGUGUAUUCGUAUCACUCAUUCAUCCAUACAUCCCCUCCAUCACUACUACUGCUCCCAUCUCACGAUAGGAGACUUUUGCCAUACAACCGACCCAAUCAUUCAAUUAAGAAUAAAUUAAUGCAAUUAAAAAUCAAUUGCCUAUACUUUCCUGCCUCUGGUUCUCCAUACCUCCUACCGAUUCUGAUAUUGCAUAGGAAGAAAGGAAAGGAGUGAAAGGAAAGGUUGCUUUAUUACUCAUUCCUCUUACUCGUCGUCAAUUCAUCCAUCCUUCCAUCCAUCCAUCCAUCCAUUCCACCAUCCCUUCAAUCACACCUCAAUCAAUUCAAUACUACAUUCUUUUCGUUCCAGAACAUUAAAGGCUUGCCCAGGUCAGGUACAGCUCAGAGGGAGAAGAGACCCGGCAACCAGUCACCAACCACACUCUUUUCCAUAUCAAUUCAAGGAAACUUCGCCGUGAGCCAUUCACAAAGCUUCUUCUUACACACUCGUUCGACCACCUUCCUGGAAAAGAUCCCAUCGAGACUAUCCCUCCCGCCCGUCCUUGGUGUUGCAUAUGCAAUACAUACAGCUACUGCAAUCCAAGAGACCACUAUAUCUCCCCACUCUUCCCAACCUCUUCAUCCAAGCUAUUCCCCGACCUUGAUAACAACACGUCGAAGAAUACAAGGAUCUGGGGAAUUGACUCUCAGAUAUCUAUUUCCCCAUCACGAAUUCAGCCAUUCACGCUUCGCUCUUCUACCCAGGAUUUACCUUUUUGCGAAUCAUUGAGAGUUUGGAGGAAUUAACUUUACUCGUGGCCAUCACACUUUAUGCAAUCCAGUCUUCAGUUCGCCUUCCAGUUUUGAUUUCACUCUUUCUUAUACCUUUGGGAAAUCUGCCAAUACUUUUAUUGUCUUACGCUCGCUCAAAGAAUAUCGAGAAACUUCUCGUCGAUCCUUGGAUAGAUAUAACAAUUGCUGGCUUGAAAUAAACCUUUUCUUUGUUGCACCAAAAUCAACAAUUAAAAUACUCCAGUGCCUUCCCUUCGAUCCCGAAGAAUCCGCAUACUGUAACAUACACGAACAAUUCCAGGAAAUUAAUUUACUCUUUUCGAACUCAGACCGCCAAUAUGAACGUCGGCAAGAAAUUUGGUAGAGUCAAGCAAUGGGCUGGAGAGAAGAUGGGACAAGAGUCCAAGACUGAAGUUUCGGAUGAGUUCAAGUCUUUGGAGGGAGAAAUGCAAAUGAGACAUGAGGGAAUGGAAAAGUUACAAAAGUCCAUGACGAUUUAUGUCAAAUCACUUUCAAAGCGAAAUGAAGGAGACGAUAGAGAAAAGAUCUUGCCAGUAGCAUUCAUGGGACAAACAAUGAUACACCAUGGAGAAGAUUUUGAACCGGAUUCCGAGUUUGGAAAUUGCCUUAUUGCUAUGGGUAGAACGAAUGAGAGAAUUUCGAGACAGCAAGAUACAUAUGUUGUGGACGCAACUUCGACUUGGCUGGAAUCUUUGGAGAGAUCUUUAGCUCAAAUGAAGGAAUAUCAGUCUGCCAGGAAGAAGCUCGAACAAAGACGUUUGGCUUACGAUGCCUCCCUUUCUAAGAUGCAAAAGGCGAAGAGAGAAGAUUUCAGAGUCGAGGAAGAACUCAGAUCACAAAAGGCGAAAUAUGAAGAAUCUAAUGAGGAUGUUUUCAGAAGGAUGCAAGAUAUUAGAGAGGCAGAGGCGGAGAGUGUUCAAGAUUUGGGAGCAUUUUUGGAAGCCGAGCUUGAAUAUUAUGACCGUUGUCGUGAUGAACUUUUGAAAUUGAAGAAGGAAUGGCCAGCUGCACGAGGAUCAGCGGCACAACAACCACCACGUCAACCUAGACGCCCAGAAGCACGACCUCGUUCAAAUACAGCUCACUCAUACAGUGAGAGAUACUCGACAUAUGAAGAUCCUAUCCCAGAGUUAGAAGCUCCACGUCCAUCUAUCCGAUCCAAUACUCCUCGUGUUAACACAGCUCGAGUUGCCUCAACAUCAGGAAUCGGUAGAAGAGAGGACCGAAGAGAGGAUCGAAGGGAGGAAUAUUCCCCUCCAAGUUCCCCACAACGUCCAUCAAUUGGUCGAUCAUCCACAUUCCAAGGUCCAACAACUCAUUACCGCGAAUCUCCUCCCUCAACUCGUCUUGCUUCUCUUCCUCCUCCAGAUGCUGGUUCUUUACGCGCAUCUUUAAGACCAAGUGCCAGGACUAAUAUCAUUUCAGCUGAUUUGUUUAAUGAUCCAAGUGACGAUUCGACCCUUAACAGUAACAGUCCGGAUAGAUCAUAUGGUGCAAGAUCAGUUAGUCCAGCUACUAGUCAUGGUAGCAAUUCUACGCCAAAUUCGAGAAGAGCUCCACCACCUCCUCCCAGUAGAGCCAAGAAACCAGCUCCUCCUCCUCCUAUGAAGAGAGCGGAUAUGACUUCAGUUAGUGUCAAUAGUCGUUAUUAGGGGAUGUGAUUGUUGUUUGAGCGGUAGUACAUACAUAACUUGAACAUCUGUCGUUCAGUAUUUCGGACGAUAAUGUUGUUCACUUCUUUGCACAUACAAUUUUUUUUUUGUUCCUUUCUUUUGUUUUCGUGUUGGAGUGAGCAGAAUGCUGUUUGUGGAUAAGCAGAGAUCGUUUCCAUCCAGUAAGGAUACGGGACAAGAAGAAAUCGUAGGAGUAAAACAAAAGAUCGAGUUUUUCAAGAAGUACAAAAAAUACCAUGGUAGUUCAAGGUUGUUUUAAAUUGAUUUGGGUCUGUUCACUUGUUUGUCUUUUCCGGGCGUUAUUUUUGGAAGAGAGGGAAUAGGGAUAGGCUAUGGAUGGAUUUGAAGGGUUGAAUAGGAGAAGGAAAAUUGGAGAGUAUGCGCUAGCUGAGAUAGUGAUUGAUUUCUAAGAUGGUCAUCAGGGAAAGCGGUACAUGGAAUCACUAUGCUUCAGUACGGAGUAUGUAUACAAAGUAGAACGAGGGGGAUAGAUGAUAUGACGUAAAGGAGAGGGCAGUGAAGGAAACGAUGGCAGUGUGAUGACAUCGAAUAGCGAAAAAAUACGAGGACUUAGGUAUAGAAUAGUAUCUUAAAGAUUGAGCUUUUAAAUUUUGUUUUCUCCUUCA